AUCUGUCAAAGUCUCUCUGCUGGCUGACAGUUUCCCUCUCCUCACCUCUCCUCCUCUUUAUUCUCUCCACCCCUAAACAGCUCAGAGGCAAGCUUUUGAUCAGCUCACACUGCUAAUCUCAAAACUGCUGGAGCCAAAUCCUGCUGCUCUGACUUCUGGUCAGCUGAGGGUAGAAGUUGUGUUUUAGUCUGGAAAGGUUUUUCACAGUUUGGAGUCACCAUGGUGGAGAGCAUGGACCUGGAGAACCAAGAGAAGCGUUACUGCAUUCGCACUAAGCAUGUUGGCAUCAUCUGUGUGAUGCUGGUGGUGUGCUCUUUGGCUGUGGGCCUCGGGGUGGGUCUGUCCGGGUCAGACACAUCCCCCCCUCCAAACCCAACACCACCAGAGCCUACACAGCCCCCUGCGCCCGACAGAGGCCCCUGCACGCCUUCCACUGUCUCCAGUGGGGACUGGAGUAACUUUCGCCUGCCUGAAUACGUGAAGCCGGUCCACUAUGACCUCCAUGUGGAGCCCAACUUUGACGACGACACCUACACCGGCACUGUUGAGGUUCAAGUGGAGGUCACCAAGGUGACCCGCCACCUGUGGCUCCACAUCAGGCAGACGUUUGUCAGCGCCCCACCACGGCUGAGGGUGCAAUCUCGCCAGGGGGGCCAGAAGGAGGUGGGGGUGAAACAAUGCUUUGAAUACAAAAAGCAUGAGUAUGUGGUGGUGGAGGCCACCGAGGAUCUGAAAAUCACUGGACCAGGAGAAGUGUACGUGCUCAGCCUGGACUUCCAAGGCUGGCUUAACGGCUCCGUCGUUGGAUUCUACAGGGUCAUCUACAAUGAGGAGGGGGUCGAAAAAAAGAUCGCAGCGACCGAUCACGAGCCAACAGAUGCUCGUAAGUCCUUCCCCUGCUUCGAUGAACCCAACAAGAAGGCCACCUACAAAGUCUCCAUCACUCAUCCAAAGGGGUAUGGAGCUCUAUCCAACAUGCCACCAGAGGGACCCCCUGAGGAACUGCCUGGCAAACUCAAGACCUCCUUUCAGAUGUCCGUUCCCAUGAGCACUUAUUUGGUAUGUUUUGCUGUGCACCAGUUUGACUUCCUGGAGAGAAUUUCCGCCUCAGGAAUUCCUUUGAGAAUCUAUGCUCAGCCAACUCAGCUGAAAACUGCAGAAUAUGCGGCCAACAAAACCAAGGACAUCUUUGACUACUUUGAGGGUUAUUUCAACAUGUCAUACUCCAUCAAAAAACUGGAUAAGAUUGCCAUCCCCGACUUUGGUACUGGUGCCAUGGAGAACUGGGGCCUGAUCACAUACAGGGAGACCAACCUACUGUAUGAUGAGAACCAGUCUUCCUCCAUCAACAAGCAACGAGUGGCCAGCGUCAUCGCCCACGAGCUGGUUCACCAGUGGUUUGGAAACAUCGUGACCAUGGAUUGGUGGGAUGACCUCUGGCUCAACGAGGGCUUUGCCAGUUUCUUUGAGUACAUCGGUGUAGAGAGUACUGAGCCCACCUGGGGAAUGCGAGACAUCAUGAUCAUCAGUGACGUACUUCCCGUCAUGGUCGACGACGCCCUCCUCUCCUCUCACCCGAUCAUCGUAAAUGUUUCAACCCCCGCACAGAUCACCUCAGUGUUUGAUGGGAUCUCAUACAGCAAGGGAGCGUCCAUACUCAGGAUGCUGGAGGACUGGAUCGGAAAAGAAAUGUUCAGAGACGGCUGUCGAAAAUAUUUGAAAGACUACCACUUCAAGAACGCCAAAACAGAAAACUUCUGGGCAUCUCUUGCAGAUGUGAGCAAGUUGCCAGUUGCACAGGUCAUGGAUACAUGGACCAAACAGAUGGGUUAUCCAGUUCUGGACCUGAUAGUCUCAGAAACGAAUGCCAUGUUGACCCAAAAGCGUUUCCUCCUGGAUCCUAAAGCUGAUGCCACCCAGCCUCCUUCACCUUUUGGGUACAAGUGGUCAAUUCCAGUGAAAUGGCACUCAGUGACUACCGAUAAAAAUAUGUUGGAGAUGUUUGACAUGAGCAAAACAGAGCAACCUGUCAUGAACUAUUUGCCCAACGUGGACGGGCUGCUGAAGGUGAACAAUGAUCACAUCGGAUUCUACAGAGUCAACCAUGACAACAACAUGUGGAAUACCAUUGGUCAGCUGCUACAAAGCAACCACACGGAGUUAGAUCCGGCUGAUCGGACCAGCUACAUUGAUGAUGUUUUUGCUCUUGCAAGGGCAGACAUUAUAGAUUACGGUAAUGCCUUUAACCUCACCAUGUACCUGAACAAUGAGCAAGACUACAUAGUGUGGGACCGAGUGGCCUCCUCCAUCGCCUACGUUCGGGACAUGCUCUCAGGACCAACUGUACUCUACCAAAAGUUUCAGGAACUGUUCAGAAGACAUGUUCAAGCGAUCUCAACAGAGCUCGGAUGGACUGAUAAUGGGACACAGACACAAAGGUUACUGAGGGAGACUGUCCUCAGCAUUGCGUGUCAGAUGGGAGAUGAGGCCGCUCUGAAUGAAGCCUCUCACAUCUUUGACCAGUGGAUUUCUGGAGCUAUCGGUGAUGUAGCAGUGAACUUGAGGCUGCUGGUUUAUCGAUACGGCAUGAAGAAUUCAGGAACUGAAGAAAAGUGGAACACAAUGUUCCAGAGGUACAAAGACUCGACAUUGGCUCAGGAGAAGGACAAGCUGCUGUACGGUCUGGCAUCUGUGGGGAAUGUGGAACUCCUUUACAAGCUGCUGGAGGCAUCUAAAGAUGAGACAGUGGUGAGAAGUCAGGAUCUGUUCACUCUGGUUCGGUAUGUGUCUUUAAACCCACUGGGCCAGAGCAUGGCCUGGGACUGGACCACACUCAACUGGGACUACCUGGUCAAAAGGUACACCAUCAACGACAGGAACCUGGGCCGUCUAUUGGGUCGAAUCUCCACCAGCUACAACACAGAGCUGCAGCUGUGGAAGAUGGAGCACUUCUUCAGUCUAACACCUGAUGCAGGCGCUGGUGAGAUGUCCCGGAAGCAAGCGCUGGAGACAGUGAGGAACAACAUCGAAUGGAGAAGAGCGAAUGAGAAAGAGAUCGAAUGGUGGCUGAACAACAUCGCCUAAAAAGACAGAACGUCCCCUGCAGCCGCCUGGACUUACUCACAGAUUUCUUACCACUCUCCAAAUUCAGGAUGUGGCUGAGUUUGUGCUCCUUUUGAAGGGCCAAAGACUAGAUAACCGUUUAAAUGUUUUUGGUUCUUAAUGACUAAGAGGAACAAAGAGCUCUAGUACAUUGCUUCUGACCUCAGCCAGGGUAUCACGCUUUGGUGUUUUAAUUCGCCUGAUCAAAGAACAUCCACUAGAAGUUCUCGUCUUUGCCAAAGGCAUGCACAGAUAGUUUCUCUUUGAGAAAUUAAAUCAAAACUCUGUGGCACACUGAAAAUAACUUUACUGUAUUUAAUUGUGAAUGAACAACGUUUCGCUUGUAGCCUCCUCAGGUUCGCCCACCAGAGGAACUUUUCAUACAGUUAAGUUUCAAUGUGCCACAGAGUUUUGAUUUAUUUUUCAUGGUAUGUUCCUGCAACCGUGCACACCUGAGAACGUACAGGCUGUGCACCGGGCACCCAAUUGGCCAUAGAUACUCUAUGUUUGACAAAAUAAGGAUUCCUACUGAUAUCAAGAUUUUUGAUGAUAAGACAAUCAUUUUCAAAGCCACCAGACUCCAGUGAAAAAAGCUAAACUUUUACCGUGCAGAACUCAAGAGUCGCUUUCCCACUGAUGCCUCGAUUGGUCAGUUUUUUUGUGUUAUAGCUUGGAAAACAAAAACUGCGUGGAUAGAUCGAAUCAUUAAAAAUACCAAAGCCAACAUACUGAUUGAAGCAGGGGUGGGCCAGAAGUUCUUGUGUUCUGCAGAGGAAAAUGGUUGCAUUUUAAUAUGAAAUGAUAUGAAAUCAUUUCUUUAAAGUGUUGUAGCGGGACACAGAAUAACAACCUGAGUCUGUAAAUGGCAAAAACAAGAACUUUUAGUGGACGUUCUUCGAGUUAAACUGCAGCCACUCAAGCCUGUCUCAUGACUGCCAGCUGAAGCGAUCUACUGCAGAUCCUCAUCAUCAUUUAGACCUCAAAUAUAUGAAAAUAAACCGCUCUAAUCUUCAUAUUUGUAAACAGAAAACCAAUGCAAAUACUACUUACAUGCUCUUCACGCGUGCACAAUACACACAUAAAGUGAUUUCUUACAUGAAACUUGCUUCACAAAGUCUGCAUAGUUUUGUUUCUUUCCCACUGUCCGUUAUUAAGGACACAAUCAGACGGGCAUGUUGAUAUCUAUUUAAUGUACAUUUAUCCGACAGUCCCUGAACGUCACCUCACCACCACUCCUUGUACAAACCGUUUUAAAUACAAGUUCUUGAAUGUUUUUGUUGUUAAAAAUUGAAAUCUUUUGAUAUUUUCAAUAAGUCAUGUAUGCAAAUGUUAUUUUGGAUUGAAUUCUAAUGACCGUAAAUCUCAGCUCAAACUUUGUCUCUUAUGAUGUACGUGCAGCGUGCAGGAUAGUCCAAACAGUGUGAGGGUUAUUCUGCCAUGAUUGUUCGACCCUCCUGUGUUAUUCUGAUGAUGUGCUCUUCCUGAUCUUACUUUCUUUCUUGUGCCUUUGGUGUUCAAAUGGAAGCGAGGGAGUUUUAACUUGAAUGAAUACAUUUUUACUGAAAUAACUUUGGUUUCUUCACCUUUAAUUCAUUUUAUUGAAAUGGUGUGAAGUGAUGAAAGAUCACAUUACAAUAAAGUGCUGUUAAAGUCGUUCGGUGUUAUACUGCCACACAGAGGCUAACUGGAGUCACUACACAAAGGGUUAAUGUGAGAAAAUGGGUUUUAAGGGAUAACACAGAGAAGCUAAAUAUGAAGGUAUUCAUGUGAGGUUGCAAUUGUUCUCAUUUGGAGAUUUGUAGGCCAAAAACGAUGACGUAAAGUCACAAAUUUCAUAUUUAACCCUGAAAAUGAAAAUACUUCACUAUGUCUUUGCAAAGCUGUGAAUGGCUUGUUCACCAAUGUCAAAGGGAAGUGCAGACACAAUGUUGUUACUUUCUUUUUAGAAUUACUUUUGUCUUUCUAAUUGGAAUGUAUCUGUAAACUAAAUCUGUACAAAUUGAA